UCCCACCAUCUAAUUUCACAGUAUGCGACUUGUAAGUUGUAACAGUGAGAAAAUAAACAGGUACGAGUUACCACCGUGAGAAAAAAAAAAGGAGUGAAUUAAGUCCACAAGGAUACAUAGAACACAGGUACGAGUUAACACCGUGAGAAAAAAAAGGAGUGAAUUAAGUCCACAAGGAUACAUAGAACAGUUUUAGGGAUAAUUGGCUUGUGGAGUGAACUAUCAAUAAGGAUCAGAGUGGCGCAGGAGAAGCAUGGUGGGCCCGUAACCCACAAGUCCUUGGAUCGAAACCAGGCUUUGAUAUGGUUUUUGGACAUUCCAUGUCUGUUCAUUUCAGCAGAAUUUUAUGGCAAAUGUAUGUUUUUUUUACAAAAGAUAAUUAUAUAUAGAUUGAACAAAUAGAUCAUUACAUCCUGGAAUUCAGCCAGACCUGAAAAUCAAAUAAACGACAUGUAGUCGCGUACAAAGAAAGGGCCUUCCUAGCUACCAAAUGAGCUACCCUAUUGUUAUGCCGACCUACAAAUCGUACACUGAAACCCCUAUUCAUGUCAAAAGCCUGGACAACUUCUUCGAGGAUCGACCCCACUCGAUUAUCCCGUGUGUCUCUCCGGAGGAUCUUCUCUAUGAUAACAUGGUCAAACCCCCUUGACCAACAGAACCUCUAUAGCUAAAGUCAUGAUAACCAUUCCACCUGCCGAAUGCGACCCAUUCCUUAUCGCCCCAUCCCACAUACAAAGCACAGAAUUCGACCCAAUUGGGUCCGAGGGAGGAGAAGGGGGUUGAGGAACAGGAAGUGUCUCGUCUACCGGUAGAUUAACCCACUCUUGGACCUGUUGGUUGUACUGUCGUAUCAGAGCGGGAAUCCCAAAUUGUUUGCCUUCAAAGACAACCCAGUUACGAGAUCGCCAAAUCCUCCAUAGGACAACAAUAACCGACAUGACCAUACCUGGCUGAUGAAUCAAGGCUAACAAUUUCUUCAGAAAGAGGGGGAAGGUAUGACGAGGCAACCCUUCUCCAAGAUGAGCAAGCCCAGAAUGAUCCCACAGGGCACGAGCUACCGGACACUCCAAAAACAUAUGUUCCAGGGUCUCCGAAUAUGCCCAGCACACGGGACAUCUAGGUAAUAUUUCAACCUUCCUCUCAAUCAGGGCCUCUGUGGUAGGUAAAAUUAUGUGAAAGAUCUGCCAGACGAACACCUUAAGUUUUAGGGGAAAAUUGACUUCCCAUAAUCGGAUCCAGCUAGCUUUAUCCAUCCAACUAGCCUGAGCUCUCCAUCUUCCUUUUUGUCGAUCUAGAUCGACCGCCAAAUGUAGGCCUAUUUGACCGAAAAAACCCCAUAAAAAAUGUUGAUAUGACUAGAAUCGGACUAUCAGCCGCUACGACGGGGGCAACGCCCCCGGCCCACGGUGUAUGGGCUCAAUGUUAUUUGGGUUCGGGUUCUGGGCCUGGUCUGUAACCGUUUCCUUUGCCAGAUUGGAUUAGACUUAGACCCACAUGGAGAAGUACUAUAAAUACUUCUCAUACUCCUCUGUAAUCUGUAAUCUCCUCGAUAUAGUGAAACUGACUCUCUCUCGCCCGUGGACGUAGCUAACACACAUCGUGUUAGUGAACCACGUAAAUCGUGUGUCGUGUUUUCGAUUCUUGCUUUCGUAUUCUUGCUUUGUCGAUUCCGGCGAUUUCGCGAUCCGUAUCAGCGCGUUUAUAACAAGAAACUUGAAGGAAAUCCAAAAGUGAACGGUAACAGCAGUGAUUCUAUAGCAAGAUUGGCAGGUAUAGACUGUUGUUAUCAUCUUCUCGAUGUUAUACCAUCUACAAGAACUGGAGAAAGCAAUCACCAUCAUGCAGUCGCCAUCAUCUAGAGGUUUUGGGACAAUUCCACCGACAGAGACUGGCCGACAGUGUCUAUCUUCCAUGUUUGUAGACAAGGCAAAAAGAGUGCCGUUGGAUUUCCAGUGUACUUUGCUGCUCUUCCUGUGUUACAGCAUUCAACCUUGUAUCAUUGUUGUCUCAGUUCCAAAUCGCAGUGGGUCAUAAAUGAAAGUAACCAUGCUAGCUAUUCGCACAGGUAAAAUGAGUCAGCUGUCACCAUGUAAAGAGCAGCAGCAUACGCAAUCAUGAUCGAGAAGACAGUUGAAUCAGUUAUGAGUUAUGACCAAAUCUAGCACGACUGGAAGAAAAUACACUCAGAGUAUGAACUGCCUUCUGAAGGCGAUCAAGUGGGAAGGAUGACCCUAUGAAACCAACAUUGCAGGCCUGGAAUUUGGAGAUCCUAGCCAAUCUUGGGCUUCACUGCCUUUCUUGGUCCCAACCUACGAGUGGGCUGAAGCCCAAACAUCUGAUAAUGCAGGCCCAAAUAGCCUUCCUUUCUUCCUUCCCGGUUCCCAUACUACUCCAAUUGCAAACAUUUGGAAUUCAGAGUUUCAGACUGGAAAAAGGAAUCUGGUACGAGUAACUCGACUGUUGUCACUGCAUCACUUGAUUCAAACUGGUACUCAACGAUUCAUUGUGCAAGAGAAGAGAGCAUGCAUUCUCCCAAUAGGUCAUUCAUUUUGCAGAACAAGACAAACAAAACAAUAUACCAGAUGCUCUCCAAAUGAGUCAGAACAAAGGCUCCGCAGUGAAAGAACAACAGAAGCUUUUCUAUUCUAAGUCACAUUAGAUGACGUUUGUUUGGUUAUAAAAUGAGUAGUAUAAAAAAGGUAAUUAAGAAAUUCGUUAUGUUGGUCCGAUCUCCGAUGACUAUAUUGAGUCAAGUAACAUCCGAGCCAAAUCAUAAUAUGUAGCAGCGUAUCAAUAAAUUUACAAAAAUUGAUCCACUAACAGAGGGUAAAAGAUUAAAUAGAGGGUAAUUUAGUCAUUUUAGGUUAGACAGACCAUGGUUUGAAUAUGGUUAGUAGAAUUGGAUGGAGAACUUAACUAAUGGGCAUGUUUGAUAAUAUUAUUAUAUUAGAAGGACAGAUUUUAUUUCAAAAUUUGUAUAAUAGCAUGUUUGAGAAAAAAUACAUAACUGAGUGGUAAAUUAUACCUAUAACCCUUGUACUAAAUCAACUGGCAAUCAAAUCGUAACAGAUAGAUAUAUCUACUUAUAUACCAAUUCAAUCCUGAUGAGAUUUUGAACGAAUUUAGAUUGGGUUUAAAUAUGGUCACUUCCACUUCAACCCCAAGGAAAACAAAGGCAUUAAAUACCAUAAACUUGACUGUUCACAACCGAAAGAGGUGUGGGCUUGGAGAACACACAUCAUCGUCGGAUUGAACCCAAUUUGCCUGACCCGCGAAAGCAAACACCAAAUUCAGGACGUCCACUAAUAAGAACUUGCUGUCCUCGUCGUAUUUCACACAAAUAUCUAUCCAGCGGUGGAAUAAGUUGCAGCCAAGCUCAGAGUGAAAAACAGAGCAAAAGAACAGAGCCAAGAUGCAGAAGCAGCUACCUACCAACACAGCAAUUCUAGCCUUCCUCUGCUCCUUCAUCGUCAUCUCCAACGCCCAGUCGUUGCCGCCGGCCUGGGCCGAUGGGUUCGUAUACGAAAACGGGCCGGUGGAUCCGAACCCAAUUGUGAUCGAGGCGUUCUUCGACCCGGUUUGCUCCGACAGCAGAGACUCAUGGGCGCCUCUCAAGCUAGCUUUGACCCACUACGGCUCUCGCGUCUCCUUGCUUCUUCACCUGCUCCCUUUACCGUACCAUGACAACGCAUAUGUUGCUUCUCGAGCUCUGCAUAUCGCAAACAUGCUCAAUUCUUCCUCCACAUUCCCCUUGCUGGAGCAGUUCUUCAAGUAUCAGGACAAGUUCUAUAAUGACCAAACGAAGAAGCUGUCGAAAGCUUCCAUUGAGAAAGAGGUGAUUGAAAUUGCAGCUGUGGCUGUUGGGAACUCCCUCCAUGCUCAGUUCCAAGCUGCAUUCGGCGACACAAGAACUGAUCUCAAGACAAGGGUGUCCUUUAAGUUUAGCACGUCGAGAGGUAUUUAUGGGACUCCGGCCUUCAUAGUAAAUGGGUUUGUGUUGCCUGGGGUUGGCUCUCCCAUGGACUACAAUGGCUGGCGAAAGAUCAUCGACCCACUGGUCGCCGCGGAGAAGGUUGAGGGCGACGAAUUUGAUUCGAAGAACUUUGAGAGAAGUGUUUAUUUGUAUAAAUGAAUCUGCUACUGAUGUACAAUAGUGAUAUAGUAAUUAUAAAAUAGGAAGAUGUUAUAUCCCGUAUUUAUCUAUAGCAACAAUAACUCAAGGGGGAUGUUCCUAUUCUAUUGAAUUGUUAAAUAUAUUGUACCAACAUAAUAUGUAAUUCAUUUCAUAAAAAAAAAAAACACAUAAUAUGUACUUCUGUUAUACAUGUAAAAAAUUAUAGUUAGAGAAAAAUCAAAUUACCUUAUAUGUAAAUUUUUUGGAUUUCAGGAACUGACCGAGGUCAAAACUGGUAUAAUAGUAUUUGGAGAGAUUCUAUGAGUUGGAUAUUUCAUAUUUGCAAUGAGUUAGAAGUAUUUUUUAUCGAAGUUCGAAAUUUGAAUUCAAAAGUAUUGCAGAUGUGUUUUUUCUUUAGUAGGUGUUUAUUAUUUACAUCCAAAAAAACACCAAAAAGCCAAUAAAUCAUAGGUGUGUCAUCUUUUUGAACGUUUAUAACUACUGUGUUGUUCAAUAUAUUUUGAGCUGACAAAUCACUAAUUGACAAUAUUCUAAAGGCGGAUACAUCAACUCAGAAACGAGAAAUUUGUCUUAUUAUUUUUUUAUAAAUAAAUUAUUUAAUAAUGA